CCAUCGGCUCUUUUCCCUCUGCUUUCCGUUUGGUCAACUCUCGAUCAUAACAUAAGAAAUAGGCCCCACAUAGUUUUGAUGAUAUGCCACAGGAAUCUCCCAAAAUAAGAGACAAGGCCGAGGACCAAUGGCACCAGCAGAUAGCAAGACCUGCUCGUCAAUUCAUGGAUAAUGAGUUAGAAAGGUAGAAAGUCAAGUAAUUUAACAGGAAGAAAGAACAAAUUAAUUGGAAAAUCUUGUUUUUUCUUCCUCGUCCUCAAUUCCUCUCUCAUACAUAAACAUCUCCCAAUCGCUAACGAGGUUUUGCUUGGCACAACAAUGGAGACUCCAUACCCAGAACCCAUCUCUCCAGGCAAAACACGCAUAGGCUGGAUAGGCAUAGGCGUGAUGGGAGCUGCCAUGGCUUCUCGCCUUCUCUCUGCUGGCUACUUUAUCACCAUCUAUGCUCGCUCUCCGUCUAAAGCCCUUCCCUUACAAUCCGAAGGAGCCCAGCUCGUCGAUUCCCCUUACAAGGUCGCCAAAUGCAGCGACGUUGUUUUCACCAUGGUGGGACACCCAUCAGAUGUUCGAUCAGUUGUCCUUGACACUAAUCAUGGCAUUCUUGCAGGCCUUAAUCCCGGUGGCGUCAUAGUGGAUUCCACCACCAGUUCGCCUGCUCAAGCACGUGAAAUCUUCCAAGCUGCCAAAGCCAAAGGUUGCCAUUCUAUUGAUUCUCCGGUUUCCGGUGGUGAUAUUGGUGCUAGAGAUGGUAAGUUGGCCAUAUUUGCUGGUGGUGAUCAAGUUGUUGUGAAUUGGUUAUCUCCUUUGUAUGAGGUUUUGGGUAAAGUUACUUACAUGGGUCAAGCAGGGUGUGGUCAAAGUUGCAAGAUAGCAAACCAGAUUGUAGUGGGUGCUAAUUUGUUGGGUUUGAGUGAAGGGCUGGUUUUCGCAGAUAAAGCUGGUUUGGAUGCGAGGAAGUUUUUGGAUGCAGUGAGGACUGGGGCCGCGGGGUCUAUGGUGAUGGAGUUGUUUGGGGGGAGAAUGAUUGAUAGGGACUUUAAGGCUGGUGGUUUUGCUGAAUAUAUGGUGAAAGAUAUGGGAAUGGGCGUGGAUGUUGUGGAGGAAAGUGAGGAUGAGAGGGUGCCUGUCUUGCCUGGUGCUGCUUUGGGUAAGCAGUUGUUUGCUGGGAUGGUAGCAAAUGGAGAUGGGAAUCUUGGCACUCAAGCUCUUAUAACUGUCAUAGAGAGGCUCAAUGGCAAGUAAGACUUUCUUAUUUCUCAUUCUGGUUCAUGAGCUAUCAACUAUGUGCUUGAAUUAAUCCAUUUAGCUUGAAUACACCUAUGAGCACUAAGAUGUUCCAUGAAAAAGAUGUUGCACAAUAACCUAUCUCAAGGAUCAUAAUGUACACUAAAAUGCUUCCAUUUCUGUUGAAUAUGGAUUGUAUUUAGAUGGAAAAUAACGGUUGUUAAACCAGGGAUUGAUUAAGGUAUAUGGUAAGUAUCUUGAUAUCCCCUUUGUUUGGUUUUCACAUGUAUACAACAAUGUGGCUAUUGCAUAUUAGUAUUGAUGAUUGGCACUAUUGCUGCCUUUUCUCA